AUGUCAGGACCUUUAGUAACUUCACAGUAUGAUGAGUCAGGUAACUAUUAUGCCAGUGUAAUAGUCAGCUUAGAUACUCAUCAGCUUAGAGUUUCAACCACAGAAAAUACUAUCGAUAGUUUUGAUUCAUUAUAUAACUUAGACAAAGAUAAUAAAGUCUCAGUAAUAAAUUGGUUAGACUAUAAUGAACAGAAAUUCAUUGGUAUUGGGUUAACCAACGGGUUAGUAUUAAUAUAUUCCCCAUUCACUAAGAGUAUCAUCACCACCUUAGCCACUUCCAAAAAUUCAUUAAUCACAAGUAUCCAAUACUCAUCCAUCACCAAUUCUUUGUGGAUUUCAGAUAAUUCCGGUCAAGUUUAUGAAUUCGAUAUUUAUUAUAAUUUAUCAUCAAGUUUCUCAAUCAAUGAAUACUUAGAAACCAACGAAUCUGUGAAUAAUUUGAAAAUUAUCAAUCUUGAUCAAACUCCCCAUAUAUUAGUAGGAUCACAUUCUAUCCAUCUUUUAAAUCUCAAGACAAAAGAAUUGAUAAAGACUUUCCCAGCUCACAUUCAACCUGUGAAGUCAAUAAUCGACGUUAAUGAAGAAUAUUUCAUAACCAGUGCUGAAGGUGACAGAUUCAUUAAUUUAUACUCCCUCAAACUUCAAAGCAUCAAAACAGUUUUCGUAGCCGAAGCUCCAGUAAUUGACAUAGAUAUUGGUAAUUAUAAUGGUAAUGUUGUGUUAGUUGCCAAAACUGAAAAUAAAUUGGAAAUUUUCAAUGCUAUAUUAUCAGAAGAUCAUUCAUCUACAAACUCCAAAAAGAAGAGGAAGCAAAUGUCAAAGUCACGUUCUCCAAAUGGUAGCUUAGUAUUGAAGAAACACCCCGAAGACAUAAAAGGUAACAUGACCGAAGAAAUCAGCAUAAUAACCAUCAAAUCGGUGAAGAAUCAAAUUUUCUAUUCAUGGUUAGAAAACGUUAGUGAUGUAAGAUUCGAUAAAGUUCAAUGGAUUGACGAAACUGAUAAUUACCUCAUCAAUACCAUGGAAUUGACAAAGAAGAAGAUGGUAACCAACACUCCUCACCAUUCAUUAAAUGGUAAUGAUGUUUCAUCUAUUGGUCAAUAUAACGAAGGAAACACCAUAGUAAGUGAUGGUUUCAAUUUGAAUAACGUUGAAGACGACGAAGAUAGUUCAGAAACUCUUGCUGAAAAAUUGGAAAAAUUGUCAACUGAAAUCAAACCUUCAGUCGCUAAAAAGAAAAAAGGGUUGAGUAAUAAUACGUUAACUACAAUUUUAUCACAAUCUUUAAGGAAUAAUGAUAUGGCAUUAUUGGAAACUGUUUUAGGUAACAGAGACCAACAAAUAAUUCAAAACACCAUCUUAAGAUUAGAUUCAUCAUUAGCUAUCCUUUUGUUAGAUAGAAUAUCGGAAAAACUUGCAAGACAAUCAACUAAAUUCGACCAAUUAAUUUACUGGAUUAAAUGGAUUAUUAUCAUUCAUGGAAGUGUUUUAGCAUCAUUACCAGGAUUGACUUCUAAAUUAUCCAACUUACAUGGGAUUUUAACCAAAAAAUCAGAUACUUUACCAAGAUUAAUGCAAUUAAAAUCUAAAAUGGAAGUUAUUUAUGAAAACAAUGAAAUGAUUAAGAGUUACGAAAAGAACUUGAAUUACGGUGUUGAAGAAGACGAAGAUACUGACGUCGAGUAUAUUGAAGAAUUAGAUGAUGGUUCAGAUAUCGAAGAUGAGAUGAUGGAUGAUAUUCCUGCAGGUUCAAGCGAUGAGGAAUUACAAGAUUAUAGUGAAGAAGAUGAAGAAGUUGAAGAAGAUGACGAAGAAAUAGGAAUGGUUACCAAUGACUACAUUGAAUCUGAUGAAGAUUAG